GCCGCGGUUGGCGUCCGGUGUGCCGUCGGCCACAUGGAUCCUGACGGCAGGUGGCGGAACCUGCCCAGUGGGCCUAGCCUGAAGCACUUGACCGACCCGUCUUACGGGAUCCCGCGGGAGCAGCAAAAGGCAGCGUUGCAGGAGCUGACGCGGGCGCAUGUGGAGUCCUUCAACUACGCUGUGCGCGAAGGGCUCGGCCACGCGGUGCAGGCUAUACCUCCCUUUGAGUUUGCUUUCAAAGAUGAGAGAAUCUCCCUUACCAUUGUGGAUGCUGUUAUCAGUCCACCCACAGUCCCAAAAGGAACCAUCUGCAAAGAGCUCAAUGUUUAUCCAGCAGAAUGCCGGGGUCGAAAGAGUACCUACCGUGGGAAAUUGACAGCUGAUAUCAGCUGGGCAGUGAAUGGAAUCCCAAAAGGAAUCAUUAAACAGUCUCUUGGCUAUGUUCCUAUCAUGGUGAAGUCCAAGCUUUGCAACUUAUACAACCUUCCUCCGCAAGCCCUCAUUGAACACCAUGAGGAGGCAGAGGAGAUGGGGGGCUAUUUUAUAAUCAAUGGCAUUGAAAAAGUCAUCCGAAUGUUGAUUAUGCCUCGGAGAAAUUUUCCCAUUGCAAUGAUAAGACCAAAAUGGAAAAGCAGGGGUCCUGGCUAUACUCACUAUGGAGUUUCAAUGCACUGUGUGAGGGAAGAACAUUCUGCUGUCAACAUGAACCUUCACUACUUGGAAAAUGGCACAAUUAUGUUGAACUUUAUUUACCGGAAAGAACUGUUUUUUCUUCCUUUGGGAUUUGCACUUAAGGCACUUGUCAGCUUUUCUGAUUAUCAGAUUUUUCAGGAGCUCAUCAAAGGAAAAGAGGAUGACACUUUCUUUAGGAACUCUGUUUCUCAGAUGUUAAGGAUUGUAAUGGAAGAGGGCUGUUUUACACAAAAACAGGUCCUUAACUAUCUAGGUGAAAGCUUCAGAGUGAAACUCAAUCUUCCUGACUGGUACCCAAAUGAACAAGCUGCAUUGUUCCUGUUUGAUCAAUGCAUCUGUAUCCACUUGAAAUCCAAUACUGAAAAAUUUUAUAUGCUUUGUCUCAUGACUCGGAAGCUCUUUGCUUUAGCCAAAGGGGACUGUAUGGAGGACAAUCCUGAUAGCUUAGUGAAUCAAGAAGUUCUUACGCCCGGUCAGCUCUUCCUAAUGUUUCUGAAGGAAAAAAUGGAAGCUUGGUUAGUGUCUAUUAAAAUAGUUUUGGAUAAGAAGUCUCAGAAGACCAAUGUGUCCAUAAACACUGAUAAUUUGAUGAAGAUUUUAAAUCUGGGAGCAGACCUUACACGACCAUUUGAAUACCUUCUUGCUACUGGGAAUCUGCGUUCUAAAACAGGUCUUGGCUUCCUGCAAGAUUCUGGACUUUGUGUUGUGGCUGACAAGCUGAACUUCAUACGCUAUCUCUCCCAUUUCCGCUGUGUGCACAGAGGGGCUGAUUUUGCCAAGAUGAGGACUACCACAGUACGCAAGCUGCUGCCAGAAUCCUGGGGCUUCCUUUGUCCUGUGCACACCCCAGAUGGGGAGCCCUGUGGGCUGAUGAACCACUUAACUGCCGUCUGUGAGGUCGUCACGCAGUUUGUGUAUACAUCAUCUAUUCCAGCUUUGCUCUGCAACUUGGGGGUCACUCCUGUUGAUGGAACUCCCCACCGACCGUACAGUGAAUGCUACCCUGUCCUGCUGGAUGGUGUCAUGGUUGGCUGGGUCGAUAAGGAGCUUGCUCCUGGCAUUGCAGAUUCUCUUCGUCGUUUUAAGGUAUUGAGAGAAAAAAGAAUUCCUCCCUGGAUGGAAGUGUCCCUUAUCCCCAUGACAGGAAAACCAAGUCUGUACCCAGGAUUGUUCCUUUUUACCACGCCUUGUAGACUGGUACGGCCUGUGCAGAACUUGGAAUUAGGCAAAGAAGAACUAAUUGGAACUAUGGAACAGCUCUUCAUGAAUGUCGCUGUCUUUGAGGAUGAGGUUUUUGCUAGAGUCACCACACAUCAGGAGCUCUUUCCUCACAGUUUGCUGAGCGUGAUUGCCAACUUAACCCCCUUCUCCGAUCACAACCAGAGUCCACGAAACAUGUACCAGUGCCAGAUGGGUAAGCAAACUAUGGGCUUUCCACUUCUCACUUUUCAAGACCGAUCAGAUAAUAAACUGUAUCGUCUUCAGACUCCACAGAGUCCUUUAGUGAGACCAUUCAUGUAUGAUUAUUAUGACAUGGAUAACUAUCCAAUUGGAAUAAAUGCCAUUGUCGCUGUGAUUUCCUACACUGGCUACGAUAUGGAAGAUGCCAUGAUUUUGAAUAAGGCCUCUUGGGAGCGAGGCUUUGCCCAUGGAAGUGUGUACAAGUCUGAGUUCAUAGACCUCUCUGAAAAAAUUAAACAAGGAGAUGAUAGUCUGGUGUUUGGAGUCAAGCCUGGUGACCCACGGAUUUUGCAGAAGUUAGAUGAUGAUGGAUUGCCAUUUGUAGGAGCAAAGAUGCAAUAUGGAGAUCCAUAUUAUGGCUACCUAAACCUUAGCACUGGGGAAAGCUUUGUGGUAUACUAUAAGAGUAAAGAAAAUUGUGUUGUGGAUAACAUCAAAGUGUGCAGUAAUGACACUGGGACUGGAAAAUUCAAGUGUAUAUGCAUCACAAUGAGAGUACCUCGGAACCCAACUGUCGGGGAUAAGUUUGCCAGUCGUCAUGGGCAGAAGGGCAUUCUGAGCAGAUUGUGGCCGGCGGAGGACAUGCCUUUUACUGAGAGUGGGAUGGUCCCGGACAUCCUGUUCAAUCCUCACGGUUUUCCAUCCCGCAUGACCAUCGGUAUGUUAAUUGAGAGUAUGGCUGGAAAGUCUGCAGCUCUGCAUGGUCUCUGCCAUGAUGCGACACCCUUCACCUUCUCACAGGAGCACUCAGCCUUAGAAUACUUUGGUGAGAUGUUAAAAGCUGCUGGCUACAACUUUUAUGGCACCGAGAGGCUGUACAGUGGGAUCAGCGGGCUAGAACUGGAAGCUGACAUCUUCAUAGGUGUGGUUUAUUAUCAGCGGCUACGCCACAUGGUCUCAGACAAAUUUCAAGUGAGGACAACUGGAGCCAGAGACAGAGUCACCAACCAGCCUAUUGGGGGCAGAAAUGUUCAGGGUGGAAUCCGUUUUGGGGAGAUGGAGCGGGAUGCUCUUUUAGCUCAUGGUACCUCUUUUCUCCUUCAUGACCGCCUCUUCAACUGCUCUGAUCGCUCUGUAGCACACGUGUGUGUGAAGUGUGGCAGCUUACUCUCUCCACUCCUGGAGAAGCCACCCCCUUCUUGGUCAGCCAUGCGCAACAGAAAAUACAACUGUACUCUGUGUAAUCGCAGUGACACUAUUGAUACUGUUUCUGUACCUUAUGUUUUUCGGUAUUUUGUAGCGGAACUGGCAGCUAUGAACAUCAAAGUGAAACUGGAUGUCAUUUGACUUGAUACUGGCCCUUUGGAUUAGUAAAUCUAUCAGAUUAAAAAAAAUGUAACUUUAGUUCAGAGGCGAUAUUAUUAUAGGUUACCCUUGCUUUUUUUCAAGAAUGUUAGAACUCUCAACCAAGACCUAGCAACCAAGAAUUCAAGGUUUGAGUCUCUCUGGUAUACUAUACUGAUGUUGGUUUCUGGUGUAUUUGUUCAAAAAUUCUAUAUGUAUCUUCUAUAAAAUGAAAUAUUGAUCAGUAAGCAUA